CCCCAUAGCCCUGAUGCAGUGUGAUGUGAUGCAGUGAGUGUGGUGAUAAACAAAUAUCCCAUGAUGAUUUUCUUUGUUUAUUGUAGACUGUGAACACAUGCAGAAUUCCGAAUCCAAAACUCAAUCAAGCCGUUCCCCCAUCCAGCAAGGAUCCCAGCAUGGAGUCCAGGGGGACAGGUUGGGAAAUCGGUGCAGGAAGGCUUCCAGCAACUGGUGGGAGGUCCCGAAGUCAGCAGCGAUGGAUGAGGACAGUGGCUCACCGCCUCACUGCUCCCCCAAAACCACCAGGAGAUGCCGGGAGGAAGCAUGCUUGAAGAUGCCACAAAAAAACCAGCCACCCCGCAGAGCUCUGAAUGACACCGGCAACGCUUGGAAAAGGGGAAAUCCGAAGCGGCACACCCAGCCUGCCGCUUGGGACAGCAGGAACCUGCCCCCACCACAGAACGUCCGAACCUCUCUGGCCUCCUUUGAUGCCAUAUAUACCCCUAGCAAAGCUGUGACCCGAGGUCUUCCACAGCGCCCCCUACAGGACAAGUACACAGCACCCAGACGCAGCCUGUCCCCAGUGGAUGAUGUACCGGAUACCAUUGACAAGCUUGACAAUGAUCUGGAGCCCGUACCAUCGAUUCCGACUGUGAACCUGGUUAAGGCUUCAGUCGUGCAGACCAGCCGAUUGGAGAUGGCCAGGAACAGAGGGGCAAUGCUGUGCCUUGAUGAACAGUCAACAGAUACCGAAGGUUUGAAGGGAUUCAGGAGUGGACCAUCAUCAUUCAUUGAAGAGGAGGCCUCUGAGAAUACGAGAGCGCAGUUUCUUCAAAACGCCAUGGACAUCCCAUCAGAGGGUCACAUGUGUAACCCACCCCUGAGUCCCAUAAGGCUGCAGGUGGAGGACCGGGCAGAGUUGGUCAAGUGGCUGAACAGCGUGUGGUGCAGCCCAGGUGGCUCCCCUGUCAUCACUCCUGAGCACUUCCGGUGGUACGGUUACCACGGAAAAGCCAUGGGCUGUAGAACCGACCUGAAGAGCAACAUCUUUUCCAGUGGCAAGAUCCUGCUUGGGUCCUACAUGAAGAAGCCUCUGCAAGUGGACAGCCAGGCCCUGUCGGUUUACAACAUUCUGACAAGUUCCUUGAGCGUGAAGAUCAAUGGUGUGGAGAGCUGUGUUUCCUCUGGACAGACGUUCAUGGUGCCCCGCGGUCACCCAUUUGAGAUGAGGAAUCUGACCGCGGAGCCAGCUGUGCUGUUUUUCCAUCGGAUGCUGUCAGACGCCAUGUAGGGGGGGG